AUGGAAGACGAUAGCAAUUUGGAAGAUUUUACACUUGUUUGGCUCGAUAUCGAUUGUCAAAACAAACUGACAAAAACUCGUCUUCGUACGAUAAUUAAUUUUUUGAAAACAUUUGAUAAUCCUAUGGAAUGUCUUGAUUAUAUAUCGUCUGCUCAUAAUGAGAAAAUUUUCUUUAUUGUAUCAGGUACAUUGGGUGAAACAUUUCUUCCACUUGUUCACGGUAUGUCACAAAUUGUAUUAAUUUAUCUAUUCUGUACGGAUCAACGCAGACAUGAACAAUGGUCAAAAUCCUAUUCAAAAAUUCAUGGAAUUUUUACCAAUCGAGAAGAUUUAUGCAGUGCACUGAUGAAAGAUGUAAAAUAUAUUUCUAAUUCAUCUCCGAUGAUGAUCAGUUUCGGACCGAGUAAUAUUGAACAUUCUGUGAAGGAUUUAACAGCGGAACAGGGUACAUUUUUCUGGUUUCAGCUUCUUAUUGACACAUUAUUACGAAUACCACAGACAGAUAAUGCAAAAAAAGACUUUUUAGCUACGUGUCGAUUACACUAUGACAAGAAUGUAUCAGAAUUAGCUAAAAUAGAUGAAUUUGAUAAAACGUACCAGAAGAAUCAAGCCAUUUUUUGGUACACCCGAGACUCAUUUCUAUAUCGAUUAUUGAACAGGGCGUUUCGUACUGAAAAUAUUGAUAUUAUAUUUAAAUUUCGUUUUUUUAUGAUUGAUCUAUAUAAUCAAUUACGGGACUUUUCAAUCAAUUUUAUACAAACAUUGAUACUGGCAAAGGAGGAUUAUCUCAUUGUCUAUCGUGGUCAACAGACAUCCGCAGAAGAAUUACAAAGAAUUCGGGAUAAUAUUGGCAGACUCAUUUCAAUGAAUACAUUUUUAUCAACAACGACGGACAGGCAAAUUGCUGUGAUCUAUGCUGGUAACGGAAAUAAUCGUCCGUUUCUUGAACCGGUUCUAUUUAAAAUUAUGAUCGAUUUGAAAACAGUUGAGAUACCAGCAAAAUUUGCCAAUAUUAAAAAUAUCAGCUAUUUCAACGAUGAAGAUGAAGUUUUGCUCUCCAUGGCUACCGUGUUUACUGUUGAAUCAAUUGAAAAACAGGAUGAUGAAGAUAUAUGGGAAGUAUGUUUAAAACUGAGUUAUAAUGAAGAUCAACAAGUGAAAAUAUUAACACAAUAUUUGAAAAUGGAAAUGGAUGAUCGGCCGACAGAAGUAGAUUUAGGAGAUCUAUUUUUAAAUAUGACCGAUUAUCAGCGAGCAGAACAUUAUUGUAAAUUGGUUAUUAAUGAAUGUCAAUUGAGUAAUGACAUGGAUCUAAUGAAACGAUUGUACGGCAUCAUUGGUAUAUCAUAUAUGCGAAGACAGCAACUCGAUGAUGCAUUGGAUAAUUUCAAUAUUGUAAUAAAUAUUUUAUAUAGCGAUGAUAAUAAUCGUGAUUUUGAUUUUAUUACAUUGGGUGUAACAUAUAACAAUAUCGGCAUGACAUAUAGGUACAGAAAUAAUUGGACAGAGGCUCUUGUGUAUUACGACAGGGCACUUGAUGCUUAUUCGCAAGUACUUACAUCAAAUCAUCCGCUUAUCGCUACAGUCUAUAACAAUAUAUCAAUGGUAAAUUGGUUGACAGGUAGUUAUGAUCAAGCAUUAAACAAUAUCCAAAAGGCACUCGAUAUUAGACAACAACAUUUACCGGAACUACAUCCUUUGAUGGCUGAUACAUACGGUCUAUUGGGUGGAAUAUAUAAAAGUAAAUCUGAUUAUAAACUAGCACUUUAUUAUUAUACAAAAACACUUGAGUCAAGAGAAAAAUGUUUACCAACCAAUAACAUUUUAAUAUUAGAUACAUAUAAAUCAAUUGGUGAUAUAUAUAUAGCAAAUGGAAAAUACAAUGAAGCAUUGAUAUAUUUUACAAAGAUACUUGAAGCGAGAGGAAAAUCUCUUACUACCCAAGAUAAUUCGACACUGGGUGGUCUGUUGCUGUCUUUUGCAAAUGUUUAUUUGAGGAAAGGUGAUGAAGAAGUGGUUAAGAUGGAUGAGAUCAAUGCCUCCAAUGUUAAUUAUAAGAUUGCUUUAGAUUAUUGCCAAAAAGCAGCUCAUCUAUUAACUACAAUUAAUACUCAUAAUUAUAUGGCAGUAGUCAAUAUUCGACUGGGUGAUCAUCAAGCUGCUUUCCGUUGUCUAGAAAUGGAUCGAUCGACUAUUGUUGGAUCGGAUCACGUGAAUCUUGGCGUAUGGUAUAACAAUAUGGGUAAAGUAUUUAUUUUAAAACGGGAAUGGGAAAAAGCUCAGGAAUAUUACCAAGAAGCGUUGAAUAUUUAUUCAAGCAAGCUCACAUCAACACAUUAUCUACUAUCAAGAUUAUAUUACAAUAUGGGAGAAAUGUACGAGGAAAUGAAUCAAGCACAUCUGGCACAAAAAAAUUAUAAACAGGCGUAUGAUAUUAAUUCACAAACUUUUCCUCCGACAAAUAUAAAUAUGUUGCAAUGUAAGAAGGCACUUGAUCGAAUAACCAAACGUAUUACGGACAGCAAACUGGAAUUUUUUUAA